UACGAAAGUACACGAGAUGCUCUUAUGUAUUAUAUACAUCAAGGACUCUGUCACUUUUUUUCUAUUGGUUAUAGGCCUACAUUUUUUCCGGAGUAGCUUUAUUCGAGAGAACAGCGGUGUGUAGGGCCUAAAGCCGCAGUCCCACUGCUACUUCCGUAUGCAUCUAGGCUUUGGAGAAGUACCUGCCUUGUCAAUUAAGCCAUGUCAAUCAUUCUGGAUGUCUAAACCGCUAAUGGACAUUGGGCGGCAAGUAACUGUUUGCUCAGGUCGUCUGCCGACAAUAGGCGUCAAUUAGAGUUGGCACAAGGGGUGGCCAAUCAAAUUAGGUUAGGACGAGUCACGUGGGUGCGCACGACAGGGAGGAUCGAAAUGCUCAUCGAUUCGUUUGUAUAUCAAACAUGAUACAAAGUAAGGAUACAAUACAGUAGCACACACACUGUAGUGUACCCCUUUCUCAUCGUUCCACCACAAAUGGAACAUGGUUCUACACGGACUGCUUUAGAUGUCGCUGCUGCUCAGGUAUUUGUUUCAUCAAGAGUUGCGAUCGCUGUGGGACUGCUGAUAAAUUGGCCGAUGAAAAGAUCAUGUUGUAGACGAUGCCGAAGAAAUAUUUGAUUUGUGGGAACGGAAUGUUGAUGGUAUGGGAACUGAAGACGGGCGAUGAUGAAUCCAUCUAAAGAUGACACUCCUCACAAAGGGCUCGCGACUGCGCAGUGUGUUCAAACUGUGCGAGAAUACAGACUUGGGUAUCUUUGAAGUUGGAUGACUGGAGGAUUAUCACACCAGGCAAACUCAACAAACUGUUAAGGACUUACAAUUAAUUUUGAAGUUUAAUAGAGCAUAUUAUUAUGAAAGCUAAAAUGACAAGACGUCUUCAGCGAGGCAUCCUUGGUGCUGUGACUGUGUCAUUUACCCUGUGGGUUCUCGGGGCCACCUUCAUGGUGUUCACACCAGGUAGAUCAGGCCCAGGUGUCGGUACGGCGGACGACACCUCCAGUAGCAAUAACCCCAGCGUGCGGAUCCUGAGCCCCGCGGAGAAGCGCUUAACCCAUCUCGCCAACCUUGUGUCUGAACUUCGCCAGGAGAUUGGCUACCGAAGGAGGAGAGUGAGGGAGAGCGACGAGGAGCUAGCCCGCCUCAAGGCGAGGUUAGACGGCCCGUUUCCCGACUCUCCCUCGGUGGUGGUGCCCCCAUCCCAGUCGGCCAAGUUCAACCUCAAGCGACAUUUGAUGGAUGUACAUAACACGCUCGACCCAGUUUCGCGUGCUUUCAAAACAACUCCAGCCACGACUGCGAAGAGUGGAGCGGACAAAGACAUAGAGGCCCGCGGGGGAAAGCGAUUAGAUCGCCCCGCACGUGUGGGCUCAAGAGCCCAGCUCAUCCGUUGUCGAGACAUCAACAGCAUACCGGACUCUCAAAAGGAAUUUGUGGGUUCAGGAUUUACAAAAAGGGUGCAGAAAGCAUCAUUAGGUGGUAGAUAUGUGGCCCUCAAGACCCCGUUACGAGAUGGACCCGAUGUGUCUGAGUGCGCAAAGUUCGGGAUGGGAGAUGACGAAUGUUUUAGACUCGCAAACUUCAAGGUACUGAAGGAGAUUGCUUUGCUACAACAACUUCAACAUCCAAAUAUUAUUAAGGUGUUGGGAUAUUGCCUGCCGGGAAAGAUCGAUACACAGGAGUCCUCUCACAUCGCUACCAUGGCAACCGAGUACGGAGAGCCAAUCACAUUCCUCGAUUUAUUAAAAAUGUCUUGGGAGGACAGACUCAGGAUCUCGCUGGGUGUGAGCAGAUUAUUGGUUUAUCUUAGAAGUUCAGUUCUUGGCUCACUCGCUAUCCAUGAUUUCAAACCGUCGCAGUUUGUUCGAGUAGAUGGAGAGGUCAAACUAGUUGAUCUCGAUGACGUCGACGACCAACCGAGGUUAUGUAAGACACAGUCCGAUUGCGCCAUAAACGGAAGCUCUUCCACCGUCUAUCUUCCAUGCAAAGACGGCAAAUGUUUCAAUUAUACAGAUAGGAUGAACGUCUUCAGUGCCUACAAAAUAUUCUUCACCCUUCUCCCUUACGAGACCCCUCAUCAACUGAAGCCCUUGAUGACAGAUUUUGUCAAUAAAACAGGUGAAGCUUUACUCGGCUCCUUUGAAACUCAUCAGUACUUGGAGAAGAUUUUACAACUCUACCAGAGUGGUGAUUACUUGUACAGCGGUAACGACACAACUAUUGCAGGUUCAAGGAAUGCAUAUCAACUGAUACAAGAUGGCGAUCUACCAAAACAUGGCGACUAUUGGUGUGUGUCAUCAUUACACAUGGGCAGCCCAAGCUGUGUACUAUUGGCCUUCGAUGAAAAUGAGGCCAAGUAUCUAUGCGACCAAGACGAUCAAUGCAGGUCCUUCGUGAUGACGUCAGAGAAAACAUGGACAGGUCGGACGGUUAUUUAUUUGAAGAAGGCUACAGGACACAUGCCGGUCUACAGUCCUGGAAACAUGCUGUAUGUGCAGCUGACGUGAAUAACAAUCUACCAGCAUGGAGGAGGACACACAAGUAAUUUUAAGUUCCACAAACUGAACUGCAGUAUGUGUUACAGAAAAUGCUAAGCCGUUUCACAAUUCGAAACCUUUGUGUUUGUCAAGAUUUUCGGUUGGGGAGGAAAACAUAUUUCCAAAACAUGUAAUUAAUUUUAAAGACAAGGCCUACAAUUUGACUUAUCUUCUGACAAGCUGGUUGAAGAAACAAAUGGUUUAAAAUAAGAAAGGGUAACAGUUUUUAUAGUCUUGACCUUUCAUGUAUUUUGUCCCUAGUCUAAAUUUAUGUAUUACAUUUUGAAAUAAAAAGACAGAAACAGAUCAUUUUGAUAUACAAAAUACUAUUUUCAUUAUCAGAAACAAAUGAUUAUUUCAGAGAAAGUAACUGUGCAUGUACAUACAACACAUUGUGCCAGAGUUCCUCAGCAGGAAACUAAUUUUUGUUUAUGAUGGUGAAAGUUGCACACUUGCACUCAAUCAAGUUUCGGAGAGCUGUUAUUUACUGUGCCUGUCAAUGAGCUACCUGACAAUUUUGUUUGGGAGUUAACAAAACAUUUCAAAGUUUGACAUAUUUAAAAAAAAAAAUAAUAAUAAUACAGACAUCUAAUGCAGUAUUGUGGUCACAGCAAAGGCAGCUGAAGCCUCCAGGUUGAACUUUCAAGACCUUAACUUAAUCUUCCACUAAUAAAAACAAUGUGAGAGAAUGACAACAAUAAUUCAGAAUGUUAGAAAUUAUAUAUAAUUUAUUUCACACUUUUUGUAUUAGAUAUUUUAUACAAAAUGAGCAGGAUAUUCACCAGAUACCUGCUGAUAUAAACUAUAUUUGAUACAACUAUUCACAAACCAAAUAUCAGUACUUAUUGGUUAUACCAAAAGACAGCCCAGUGCCAGCUUUCUUAAUAGUUCCUAACUUAAUUCACAAAAAGUUUAAGAAAAUUGUAACAUAUCAGUGAGAUAUGAUUAUUUUUCAAGUGUACAACAUGAAUAAAGAAAAUUCAAUACCAAA